ACUCUGCAGAAGUGAACCUGCACACACUGGAGUCGCUGCUCACACAGCAGAUCAGAUCAGACUGGAGUGGAGACAGUGCUCUCUCUCUCUCUCUCUCUCUCUCUCCCGGGUCUGAAUACCUGCACCUUGGAAUAUUAACCCCAGGUCUGAACUCUUGACCUGCUGAAGCGUGGCCUUGAGCACUGUGACUCUCCUGCCUGAAGGACAUACUGUGCCUUGCAUGCAAUAAAGAGCAGACUGGAGAUGCUGGAAAAGAAGAUGGACUGGCGGUGGAUGGUUCCUUUGUUUCUGUUCGGGAUCAUAGCAGAGGUCGCUGUAACAGCGAGUCUGGAGGUGAACGACAGCCAGGAGGAGACCACUAGUAAUGUAUACGGUAAUAUGGGAUCCACCAGACAGAAGAUCAUGACGGCGCAGUUCGAGUGCUAUCAGAAGAUCAUGAAGGACAGCAGCAAUGUCAAAGCUGGACUGAUGUGUAACCGAACGUGGGAUGGGUGGCUGUGUUGGGACGACACAGACGCUGGCGUAUCUGCUCACCAGAACUGUCCUGACCACUUUCAGGACUUUGACCCGGCAGAAACAGUCACUAAGGUGUGCAUGGAUAACGGCCAGUGGUUUAGGCAUCCAGACAGCAACAGGACAUGGACCAAUUUCACCAGAUGUAAUGCACACAGUAAAGAAAGCAGAAUGACUGCCAUAAACCUGCUCUACUUAGCCCUGAUAGGACACGGGCUGUCUCUGAUCUCCUUGUUUAUUUCACUUGGGAUAUUUUUCCACUUUAAGAGUUUGAGCUGCCAGAGAAUCACCCUGCACAAAAACCUCUUCUUUUCCUUCAUCUUGAACUCCAUCAUCACCAUCAUCUGGUUAACAGCUGUGGCCAGUAACCAGGAACUAGUGCAGAGAAAUCCGACCAGCUGUAAAGUUUCUCAGUUUUUCCAUCUCUACCUGUUCGGGUGUAACUACUUCUGGAUGCUGUGUGAGGGAAUUUACCUCCACACGCUCAUCGUCGUGGCUGUGUUUGCCCAAAAACAGCAUUUAAUGUGGUACUAUCUUCUCGGAUGGGGCUUCCCACUGUUACCUACUAUAAUACACACCAUAGCCAGAAGUUAUUAUUAUGAUGACAACUGCUGGAUCAGUUCAAACACGUCUCUGCUGUACAUCAUCCACGGGCCGAUCUGCGCCGCACUGUUGAUCAAUCUCUUUUUCCUGCUCAACAUCGUGCGUGUCCUCAUCACCAAGCUGAAGGUGACGCACCAGGCCGAGUCAAGUCUGUACAUGAAGGCAGUGCGUGCCACUCUUAUUCUCGUCCCUCUGUUGGGAAUCCAGUUCGUCCUCCUGCCCUAUAAACCUGCGGGGCGUGUCUUAUCUGAGAUCUAUGACUAUGUCAUGAACAUCUUAAUGCAUUAUCAGGGUCUUCUGGUGGCCACCAUCUUCUGCUUCUUUAACGGAGAGGUACAGAGCGUGUUACGGAGACACUGGAAUCAGUAUCGGAUGCAGUUUGGCAGUGCGAUGGCUCAAGCCGAGGCGCUCAGAUCGACGUCCUACACAGCCUCGUCCAUCGUCGAGGUGCAGGGCUGCUACAGCAUCGACGGCCACAGCGAACACUUAAACGGCAAGAGCUACCUCGAAGCUGAGAAAUCCGAAAAUUCCUUCAACUGAGCAUAACGCUGAACAUGACAAGGCAGCGCUCUGAUCGUUUCUGAGUUGCCACUGCGAAGAUCACAUGACUGCGUUGACCCAGAGUUCUCUGCUGAAUCAAGAUGGAUGAUUUUAAGAAGGAAGGUUUACUGCUCUCACACUGCCUUAUUAUCUUACACAGCAUUCUCUAACUCUCUAAAUUCUUACUCUCUAAGAAAAUUAAAAUUAAAUAAAUGGUGACACUUUAAGAGACACGUAAUAAUCUAGUCAUUGAUCAUCCAUAAUGAAGAGGAUUAAGCAUUAGUUGCCUUCUAAGCAUAGAAACCAAAGAAAAGUAACAUACAAGUGAUUAACACUGAUGACAGUCAUAUGUGUAAUAUUCAGUGUGUAAAAUGACACUUUUAAAAAUAUUUUAUUGAUGAAAUCUUUUCAGGGAAAUUCAGUUGCCUGCUAAACUCAUCAAUGUGAGAAAACGUGACUCACCAAGCAAGUUAUUGUGCCAUAAAUUGUAACAGCAUGUCAAAAUAUUUGCAUAAUAUGCAAAUAUAUUUUGUCAUAUUGGAUAAUUGGACAAAUGCAAUUUGAAUAUUUUUAAUUUGAAUGAUGGUAUUUUUGUGGAAGCACGUUUUCAAUAACUUGCUAAACGCGUCUUGAAGCUCUGCAGAGAUGACGUUUGGUUGAUAAGGAACAGGUUGAAUAAAAAGAAGACGGACGUAAGCUGUGAAUAAAGACGGCUGUAAAAAUAAAAUUUUUUAUUGUCAUAAUUACGAGUUCGAUAGAUCUGAAUGUACUGGUUCUUUUUAAUUAUAAAGACAGUUAAGUUUAAAUGGAGCUGAAACAAAAAUGCUGAAGUGGCGAUAAAAUAAAUAUCCUGCACGACCAAUUUAAUAGUUCAUCGACACAUUUUAAUUUUUACUUAGUGUUAAGUAAAGGUUAACGAGUAGUUAAGUAAUUAUAUAUACAUAUAUAUGUAUCAAGCUAAUCAAUGAGUUCAAAUAAUACACUGAAAAACUGACAUCUCACGACAUCAAGUGAAAAUAUUUUGAAUUUAGCCAAAAUCAAGUAAUAUUAUUAUAAUAUAAUUAUAAGUUGACAAUAAACCAAAUACAAGGUUUUUAAACCUAUUUCUAGCUAUUUUUACUCAUUUCAAGUGUUAAAUGUUUGUGUUCUUAAUUUGUUGCCAGAUAAUAAUGCUUUUUUCUAAAAAUAAAUGAUUAGCAAAAUUAUCUGCCAAUAGAACACGCUUACAAAGAGUUUUAAAAAAGAUGAGUUGUAAGGUUAUAGUAAGAAAUACUAGAUACAUUUGACUAUAUGAUAUUUCUAAUAACUGUUUUUUUUGUGCAGAGUAGUUCACUGAAAAUAAAACUAAUCUCUUUCAAUCUCUCCCAACGAUGUCUGAUGUCAGACUAAUGUACCUAAGAGUUAAUGUAGCUGACCAGUGUAACACACGGCCAUACAUCCUAAUACAAUCUUCAUAUAAUCACUGCACAUCCUCUACUAUUUUAGGAGCAACUACAUUAGUAAAUAAAUGACUCAUCCCUUAAAGUAUUACCAAUUCAUAUAAUUAACAGUUAUUCCAUGAAAUCAAGUCAUACAUGAGCCGAUAGGCGACGAGGCGCUUAGCACCGAGAUUGAGUGGAAUAACUGUUUUAUUCUGUCCACAUUCACUGGAUAUGAGCAAUCGCACGCUCUGAUUGGCUACUCUACUACUAGGAUAUCAGCUCAUAUACCAUGAGUAGAGAAAAACAAAAUGGCGGAGCGUGCUGCUGAACCAACUGAGGACGAAAUAAAAACUCUACUUGAAAACAAAACCCCCAAAAAUACAAAAAAGCAACAAAAUAAGGAAUAAAAGUAUUUGAUGGUAAGAACAUAUCUGUUUUAUUUUUCAAGAAUUAUUAUCACAUUUUUCACAAAUUGCUCCUGUCAUUUCGCCGGUUUGUUUACAUUCUAAGCUGAAAUGAUUUUGUGGGACGUUUUGUAUAAAGUUUUUAUUUAUUGAAUUUUCUAAAAAUAAAAAUGUUCCGUUUCUCAAAAUCCAGUGAAUGUGGAGAGAAUAAAACAGUUAUUCCACUCAAUCUCAGUGCUACGCGCCUCGUCGCCCAUCAGCUCAUGUACGACUCGAUUUCAUGGAAUAACUGUUAAAUAUAUUUAUAUAUACACAUGGCAUUUAAAGUAUUUGUAGUUACUGGGCUAUUUUGUAAAGGCAUUGAAUUGUAAAUAAUAUUUUAUUUUAUGACAUCAUUUUUCUUUUCUUUCCUCAUUUGAAUAAAGCUGAAAUAUUUGUCGGCGCCCCUCAUACGCUUUGCUGACUUGUGCUGGAUGAAAAGAGUUGCAUUUUUACUAAACGUUGUACAAAAAGAAAUAUAAUGUACGUAUAAAUAUAUGAAUAUAUAAAUCUAUAUGUACUCCUGUUCAGGGAGACAGCCAGUAUGAUUUUAUAUGUUAUAUUCAGGAUAUUACUGUAAACUAAUGAUGUUGUGGUGGUGUUUAUAUUCAUGCAUCAUGUCUCAUCUGUAAGCCACAUCAAAGUUUAAAGUAUUUAACAGUUCAAAAUCCAUAAAGCACCCAUGACAGUCCUGCACUUACAUGUCAUAUUAUAUUCAGAUCCAGCCUGGACAGGUUUGGUAGGAUGGAUUUGUCAAAAUACUGUACUGACUGGGAUCGAUUUUACAGCAGGCCACAUCAUUUUAAUCCGGAAUAAAAUCCAUUCACAAGAAAACAGAAAGAUAUAUUACUUCUAAGCUGACUUAAUUGGGCAUUGUGUGUGUGUUUAAGCAGGUGCAUUCCCAUAGUGAAAAUCACAAUCUGUAUGACUUUGUUUGUUUGUUUGUGUUUUUUGUGAUGUACUGUAAAAAGUGAUACUGUAGUGAGUAACAAUGUCUUGGAUAUCAGCAAACUCAACUGUUUCUCUUUUUAAACAAAGAUUAUUAAACCCAUUUAUAGAUACUUUA